AUGCCCGAAUUCACCGUCGCCAUAAUCGGCGGGGGCAUGGGCGGGCUCAGCCUCGCAAUCGGCCUGUUAAGACGCCGCAUCCCCGUAACAAUCUACGAAGCGGCCUCAGCCUUCGGCGAAGUCGGACUCGGUCUCACAAUUGGCCCCGCCGCGCACCGCGCCAUGCCGCUAAUCGAUCCCAAAAUCCGCCAGAUCUACGACGCGCUCAUCACGACGCACGCCGAUAGUCCCGGGUACGAGCGGUUCAAGGAAACGUGGUUCGAGGUUGUUUGGGCGACGGGGGCGAAGGAGGGAGAUGUUAUGUUGGAUUUGAAGGCGUUGCCGAGUGGGCAGACGACGGUGCGGAGGGCGGACUUUUUGGAUGCGCUUGUUGGACUUGUGCCGGAGGGGGUGGCGAGGUUUGGGAAGAGAUUGGAGAAGUUGGAGGAACUUCAACAUGGUGGUGGGGGGAUGUUGAUGACCUUUGCGGAUGGGAGUCAGGCUGAGGCGUCAGUAGUGAUCGGGUGCGACGGUAUCCAUUCACGCGUUAAACAGUUUGUUCUGGAUGAUGAGGAAUACGCGCGCACUCAGCCUAGGUACAGUGGGAUGUACGGCUACCGGGGGGUCCUGGAUAUGGAAACCAUGGUUGAGGCCGUUGGGGAGGACCGCGCGCGCGUGUCGACGAUGUAUAUCGGCGACGGGGCAUACGGGGUCACGUAUCCGAUUAUGCGCGCGAAGAAGGUCAACUGUGGCAUUUAUCCCCUGAAUUCGGACUGGGAUCAGGAGAGCUGGAAGCGGCCGGCGAGGAAGGAGGAUAUGCGGAGGGACUUUGCGCAUAUGGGGCGGCAUAUUAAUAGUCUCAUUGAGCACAUGCCUGAUCCCUCGCAGUGGGCCAUCUUCGAGCAUCCUCAUAUCUCGACGUAUGCGCGGUCCCGGGUUGCCAUUCUGGGCGAUGCAGCGCACGCCUCUACACCGCAUCAAGGCGCAGGCGCCGGACAGGCCAUUGAAGACGCACACGUCCUUGCAGAACUGCUGGCAGAUCCACACGUCAUAAACGCUGAGCACGCUAUAGCGGCAUUGAAAGCGUACGAUGUGGUGCGUCGGCCGCGGAGUCAGAGGGUUGUCACGACUAGUGCGGAGGCUGCGCGUCUGCUUUGCCUACGGUUAGAGGGGGUGGGGGAUGACGAGGAGAAACUGAAGCACACGUUGCAAGAGAGGUUAAAGUGGCUUUGGGAUCUGGAUGUACAGGACCAGGCGGAGAGAGCCAGGGCUAUCAUGGUGGAAGAGAUAGAACGACCAAGGUCACAUAUUGUCAACCGGAGUACCAUUAGUCAGAAGUAG